AUGCUCAAGCAACGAACAAGGGAUGCGGAGAAGAAACCUCCGAAGACGCCAGGCAAAGGAGAAUGCUGCUACCCAGGCCCUGGAUAUCCAACGCCCUUGGACGCCAUGAGAGGACCCCGAGAGAGGCUGAUAUACGUGACUUGCGUCUUAACUGGCACGGAGACCCAGAUGCCGGAUUAUCUUGCCACAGUGGAUGUUGAUCCUGAAUCUCCCACUUUUUGCCAAGUUAUUCACCGUCUGCAAAUGCCCUGCAUUAAUGAUGAGCUUAUCUACACGGGCUGGAAUACUGGUAGCAGCUGCUUUGGAGACUCCACCAAGAAACGCAACCGGCUGGUCCUUCCAAGUUUCCAAUCUUCGCGGAUUUAUAUUGUGGAUACUGGGACGGACCCCCAAGCUCCCUGCAUGUUUAAAGUUAUUGAACCUCAGGAGGUCUUCUGUAAAACCAAUAUGGCUUUACUACAUAGCCCACAAUUUUUGCCCGCCGGAGAUGUUGUGAUCAGCGCCUUAGGGGACCUGUACGGCAACGGAAAAGGCGGAUUUGUUGUUGUGGACGCGGAAACAUGGGACCUGAAAGGCACCUGGAAUCCCCCUGGGGACGCGGCUCCACAAGGAUGUGAUUUCUCGUACAAACCAAGGCACAACAUCUUAGUCAGCACUGAGUCUGGAGUCCCCAAGUUCUUUGUGAAUGGGUUCAACCUUGAAGAUCUGAAGAAAGGCCGCUAUGGCCGCCGCCUGAACCUGUGGGACUGGACCACCCACUGCCUUGUCCAGUCUUUUGACCUGGGGGAGGAUUCUUCCCCCUUUCAGAUCCGCUUCCUGCACAACCCAGAUGCCCCACAUGGCUUUGUGAGCUGCGCCUUGGAUGGUGCUUUGCAUCAUAUUUUCAGGAAGGAGGACGGCUGUUGGGCCACAGAGAAAGUUGUCCAGAUUCCAAAUAAGUUGGUCAGCGGGUGGCACGAACCUGAAAUGACAGCGUUCAUCACAUGCAUGGUCAUUUCUCUGGAUGACCGUUUCCUGUACCUGAGCAACUGGUUUCAUGGCGAUGUCCGACAGUACGACAUCACCGACCCUCACUGCCCUCAGCUGAAGGGCCAGGUAUUCGUAGGAGGCAGCAUCUUCAAAGGCGGUGCGGUGACUGUGAUUAAGGAUGAAGAGCUGGACUGCCAACCGGAUCCCUUCAUGCUCCAGGGAAGGAGAGUCUACGGAGGACCCCAAAUGCUCCAGCUGAGCUUGGAUGGGAAAAGGCUUUAUGUCACCAACAGUUUUUAUACACCGUGGGACAAGCAAUAUUAUCCGCAACUGGUCAGGGAAGGGUCAGUCAUGCUCCAGAUUGAUGUGGACACGGAGAACGGGGGUCUCUGUGUGAACCCGGACUUCCUGGUGGAUUUCGGGAAUGAGCCGUGGGGUCCCGCUCGUGCGCGUGAAAUGCGUUACCCAGGAGGAGAUUCUACUUCGGACAUCUGGGUCUGAGAUCUUCCUCCGAGCCCACCCCCUUGCCAAGCUAGCAUUCAGGGGGCAGGGAUGCAACCCCAAAAAGAUAGCUGGUUUGUAACAUAGUGCAGAUUUCCGCAUUUG